AUGGGAUCUACAGAUAAGCCGGCUGACCUGGAAACUGCCAAGGAAGUCCCGCCACCACCAAAAGGGGAGGCCUACGGGUCUACCCCUCCUCCCCCUAAACGCGAUUACUUCUUUGUAGUUGAUGUGGUUCUCAGGUUCCUAGUGUUUGCAGCAUCACUUACAAGUGUGUUGGUCAUUGUCAUUAGCAAGCAAACAGUUCACCUAGGUCCUAGAAUAGCUGUGGCCAAGUUUAAUCACUCUCCGGCCUUCAUAUACUUUGUGGCGGCACUAUCAGUUGCAGGCCUCUACGCCAUUAUUACUACGCUAGCAUCCCUUUCAGUCAUCUGGAAGCCAAUCCUCUCAACAAAGUUCUUGCUUCAUUUUGUAUUUUUGGAUGUGCUAAUAUUGGGUCUGGUAGCCUCGGCCACUGGCACAGCCGGAGGUGUUGCAUAUAUCGGAUACAAGGGCAAUAAACAUACGCAGUGGCUGAAAGUGUGCUCUACUUUUGAUAAGUUCUGCCAACACGUUGUAGGCGCUCUGGCUACCUCAUUGUUCGCCUCAGUUUUGCUUGUCCUUCUUGUCUGGCUCUCCACUUUCACUCUCCACCGAAAAAUUCCCAAAUAG